AUGGUUACAAGACUGGCGUAUACAGGUGAGGUCAGUUCCCCUCAUCUGGUGAGCAUCACUGAGAGGUUCCUGUGUGACGGCAAGCCUGUUGGGACGAGUCUCUUCAAGGACCAUUUCUGGGACAUUUACAACAAACUCUUCAAAUUAAGGGACUCAGAAGACGAUAUGCCACAUGCAUUUGCCUUUCUGACUCUACUAGCGUUCGACCUCUUCCUUGCGCAAGGAGUUGAUGCUCUGAUUCUUGAAGUUGGAAUAGGAGGUCAAUACGACUGCACCAACAUUGUUGAAAGACCAGCUGUAUGUGGAAUUACCUCGCUGCAUGUGGACCAUGUCCAAUACCUGGGUAACACUUUAGAAUCCGUGGCCUGGCACAAGGGAGGUGUGUUUAAACCAGGAACUCCAGCAGUGACAGCUCCUCAACACCCACGUGUGAUGAAAGUUCUAGAAAACAGAGCUGAAGAAAUAGGGACUAAGCUAUAUGUAGCCCCGCCACUGGCUACAUACGACGGUGGACCUGACCCAAUCAGGUUAGGGAUUCCUGGUCACGUGCAGCAGGUCAAUGCCUCCCUAGCACUACAGAUGUGUAACAUAUGGCUGGAAGCUCUGGGACAAGGGGUGGAACAGCCAUCUGGUGAUGAGGCCAUCUCCUCGGCCAUGAAGAAAGGACGCGAAUGGUCACAGAAGGCCCAAGGAUUCAAACUGACUGACAGCAUGAUGAAUGAUAAGUAUAAAUAUUUUGUCAUCCAAGAAUGA